AUGUUUGGUCGAUCCAGGAAACUGGAAGAGACCGAGACUUCCAAUACUACGGCAUCAAGCAGCGUACACCACUCGAAACUUUCACUCCAAGAAGAGACCUCGGUAUCAAGAGUCAAAUCUUAUGUGCCGUCGCUGCGCUCUGUUGCCUCGGAACACUGUCUACAAGCCCGCCAAGGAAGUCUAGAGUCAAUAGAAGAUGGAGCGCAGAACGCAGACGGGGAACGGUCACGAGUCACCAGUUGGACGAAUUCCAGCACGCACACGGUCGUGAGCAGCACGCUAGAUGCUGAUUGGGAGCCUCAGCGCCUUUCCGUGAUUGAUGAAGGCGGACAUACGGCGUCUACUUUAGAACGAUGGCGAUCGUCAGAAGAUGAAGAGCGCGCUUACUCUGCCCUUGCAAAGAGAUUGGAUGAUAUGCAGAAGCAGAAAAACGGCGAAGCGUCUUUCCGCAAGGGAAGUCUGGCAGACACUCUCGACGCACGGUCCACUGGCGGCAUGAACAUGACCAUCGGUGACGAACCAGCGAUUGUAGCGGCUCAAAAUGGAUCAGAAUACAACUACGGUGGGAUUGCUACGCCUCACGAAUAUGACACGGAAACAGUGCGAUUUUCCAGUGCAACAAACAGUGGAAUUACAAGUCCUACAGGCCAUCUGUUCAGGACACAGAGUCCAUACAGAAAGGCCCUUCGCACGAGUAUGAGAAUUCAGGAGCGCUCCUCUAGCAUCAAGCCUGUCAAUCUGCGAUACCUGAGCUCCCUGUCUGCGUUGAGCCUUCCAACUCGCCGAUCGAGUCCGGACGGAUCGGAACAGGAUGUUCACCUAUCAUCGGCAGAGAGUAUUUACUCCAACAUUUCCGAUAGCUCGAAAAGAGACAAGAAUUCAGAGACUCCAUAUAACAUGAACGAGUUUGACACUAUUACCUUGAGUUCACCCCAGACUCAAGACCAGGCAACCACGAUUGACGACAACUUGGAAAGAACACAUCAGCGGGAAGUGUCUACAGCGAGCUCUGUGGAAUGGAAGACAUGGCUUAGCGCUAAAGUGUCGAAGCUGGAAGACUGUGGCCAAUCUUCCAAAGUUCUUAGCGAGGAACAGACAUGGAACCCGUGGUCCGCCAUGGGCCACGUUAGAGAGGAUGCAGAGAUUGAACCAAACUUCGACCUAUCCGAUACAAGCGACAUAGACAGCGAAAACAGUCAUGAGAAUCGAUUGGGGGGGUUGGAAAUUGCUGCUGCACCAGUUACGCAAAGCAUUGUCAUUGAGGAAGGCGUCGCGCACCACAGCCACCCCAUGCUCACACACGAUGAAAACGCACCGCCAGAAUAUAAGAACAUGAAGAUAGCGUACGCUGGAAGCGAGCCCAAGACCACAAUUCGAAGUGUUGCAUCGCUUCCCAACGUCAAGCCGAGUGAUGGGCAUGAGACAGCUUGCAGAAAGAGCAUCACGCCUCAAAAGCCAAAGGGCAGCCCAUCCACCCUGACAGAGUCUCCAAGCAGAACCAAGAAGGCAUAUUUCAACUCUGGAGCGAUAUCGUCGCUAAAAUCAAGCCCCGGUCUGAGUGCUGCAGUCAGACGGCAAUUUGGCACAGUGGCAACGGGAUCGCCUCGACGCCGCAGCAUCCGUGGCGGAGAGGAUGUGGUGCAGAGCAAGACGGUGCGGGAGGCGGCAUCGUUUGAUGACUGCCAGUUUAGGAGAGGGUUGGAUGCUCAGGCUAUGGGCAGCAAGCGAAUGGUGGAAUUGUUUCUGAGCAGCCGAAAGAAUAAGCGAGCACCCGAUGCAGGUGCACCAGACUGGUCUGCCGCAUUUGUUUGA